AUGUCUCUCCAAGAGGAGCAGUUUCAGGAAAGCGUGCGAUCAGUGAAGGCGUCAGAGAGCGUACGAUCCAUCAAGAACGAGUACGAUCCGUCAGAGUCGCCACCCCGUCAACGUCAUGAACCAGGACAAAGACAAUUCGCUGUGACCGAUAUAGAAGACUCCCCUCCUGCUCGUCUGGGUGCAAGCGAAAGACGGACUCAGCAGGCCACACGAGGCUAUGUCUAUGGGAAGGACAAAAAUGAAGAAAGUACUUCUAUCAGCACGUCGACCAGAAGAGAUGUGAAGAUUCCACCAACGCUGCUGGCUGAAGACGAUGUGUCACCACGCAUCUCGACGAAGCUAGAGAAGAAAGCUUUGUACAGAGCAGGCAGCAAAACUGAUACAACUUCUAGUAGCGCAGAGCGUCUUCUUGGUGAGUAUAAUGCCAGAGACAGGCAUGGUAAUACUUUCCGACCUAGAACUAGGAGAAGAGACGAGGAGAACGAGCAAUCGUAUCAGGAAAAUGUAGGUUCGGAUAUGGCUCGAAGCUCGCAAGACUAUUCUUAUCGCGUUCAGAACGAGCAACAUCAACAGCAAAAUCGGGAUGACGUAGAUCAUCAUUUUCGAACACAAUUUUUAGAUGAGCCUCUUGGUGACUCUGACAACCUCUUGUCAGCUCGUGAAGCCGAGACAACAGUAUCAAACGAUGGCAAAAAUGAACCACAUGCAGAAGCGGGUUUUGUACCAGCAUCGCAGACCUCUUUCCUCAGGCCGACGGGAAACAAUGUCACAUCUGUGGAUGAGUUCGUUGCACAGAGGUUAUGAAAACGCCAGUAGAUGCAGUGUGCAAAAAACAUUUUUAAUCUGAUUUUUACUAUCCGUCGACGCUAUUUUUCACACGACAAGAUCAAGAGUAACUUCUUGAAUAUCUCAGUAAACAAUAUUCAACAUGCCAAUCUUCUAGUAUUGUAACUUACAAUUUGUAAGUAGUGCAGCUAGACUCCUCCUCGUCAUUUAAUGAUGGUUUGCAGGAGUACCCUUUCAUUUUUCGUUCUUCCCUAUCGGCAAAUGGUAAAAGCGAUGAAGCGGAAAGAAGAGGUGCUCUUGCGUGAAGUAGAACAGCUGCCCUGCUUACGCAGACUUCUGGAAGAUGCAGAAUCUCGCAUUGACUUACUACAUGACCGCUGCAGAGAGACGGAACAAUAUGGCGAGAAUGGGAGAACUAGAAGGCCACAAGAAAGCUUUCACCUUCUACAGUUUUUUGAUGCUAGUUGUUGCACUAGGGAGAACUCUUCUCCAGUUUCACUCAUCUUUGACUGCUAGUACUACAGCUAGUGGAGACGAGAACUCUUCUAAAUCCUGGAGCUUGCCGCAGCCUGCACGCGUGCGGAGGAAGCCGAGACUCAAGCGCUGGAGAGGACCAGUGCUGUGGAGAGCCGCCGCGCAGCUCUUCUAAGCGAAUUACAGGCUCUAGAGGAACGUGGGCGAGAACAACAGGCGUCUCAGGAACAACAGUUAGCACAGAUGCGUGGCUUAGAGGAAGAGCUUGCUGGACAUGCUAGCCUGGCAGAGGAAUUAGAAACGUGGCGCGUGCAACUAGGCGAAGAAUUGCAGCGCAGACUAGACCUCGAGGACCAGCAUCUGCAACUCGAGACACAAAUGCUAUGUUCUUUGGAUUCUUGAGUAGUACUAGUAUUGUAGUAUAAUGUAGUAGUAGUGCAGACGUAAAGUCUAAUGUCAACUAAGCACCGGGAAAGGGAGAUACAAGCACCGGAAAAGGGAGUAGUAUGUAGUUGCUGUGCAGACGUAUCAUCAUCACUAGUAGUAUGUAGUUGCUGUGCAGACGUAUCAUCAUCUAAUGUCAUCUACUUACUAGGGAAAGGGAGAUACAAGCACCGGGAAUGUGUACUGGAUUUCGUGCUGUUCAUCGUUCAUCUCGUCUUACCCUCCGCUUCUAGGGCAGCCCUCUAAUGUCAGCUAAGCAAGUGCAGGAGCACCGGGAGAGAGAGAUACAAGCAGCCGCGAAGCGGGAUGGACUAGCGAAGCAGUUGGCGAUAGAGCGGGAGAAGCGAAAUGUAACGGAAGAACAAGCAGAUCGUCUGCAGUACGAGUUGAAACGAAAGCAAGCCCAAAUCGCACUAUACGAGGAUAAAGUGGAAUCGUGCUUAUGUUGGAUGCACAACCAGUGACCUCUUAACUACUUGACCAUGUAGUACCUGAGGUGACAGGACAUGACGGAAGAACAUGUUAGUCUACGUCUACUACCCUAACAAGGAAUUGAUUUGUAUGAAUGUGGUUUCCCCUGCCUUAACCAUUAGUUUUCCAUUUUCUCAGCAUCAGAAAAUAGUUGUAGUACUAAAUCACUGCUGACAUAUGCAAGAUCAAGGUGCUAUUAAGUGUAAGUUACCCUAAGAGUAAGAACAACUAAUUGGUUUGUUUUCCCACCUUUUCUUCACCUUUCCCACCAAACAAAGUGUUUUCAACUUCGCCUCCUUCAUUCCCAACGCGCGAAAACGAAACUCUGAAACUGAACUGCGAAAAGAUGAGGGAGUUGUGGGAACGCGAGGCCAAGCACAAGAUGGAGGUGGAGGAACGAUGGGUGUCAUCCGUGCGCGAACAGAUGUUACGUAGAACAGAAGAGUGCGAAGCCAAUGUUCAAGUUAUGAGAAGCAUGUUGUUGUAAACACGACUUCUAAAAACACGUCAGCAUGAUUCAUAAAAAAGGAUGAUCUCAGAGAUGAAGAUAGAGAUAGCGUUCGAGUGUAUUUCUAUUUGAUUAGUGUUAUAAGUUAAUAGCAAACUAAGACAGGUUGACUAAUCCAUUCUCCUCGUCUAGAAAAACCAAAGGAAGUCACCUCUGGAGUAGAUCUUCAUAAACGCGCUGCAAAAAGAGAACGCGGAGUUGAAACAGAAGCUAGCAGCCGAGACGGAACGCGCUACGGAAUUGAGUUCCCACGGAAAUUCGAAUUUUUGUGACAUUUUUGACGCGACCAUGAAAAGGAGCGAGCAACAAGGUAUUUUGCUUGGGGCAAUUGGUCAGUCAAGUGCGUCCUACGUGCUGGAAAAUCUUCGAUAACUUCUUGGAUGAAACCGAUUUCAUAGACACAGUCUCACACAUAGUGAUAGUGGAGAGGAAGACUUGAACACUUUUAGUGCGCCUGUGUCCUCUGCUCUACCAUAAAUGACGGAAUAUUUCGCAAUCAAUAGAGCCAAUCCAUGGCCAGCAAAAAGCGAAUCCAUCCACCGGUAGCCUUUUGAUGCAGUUAUGAACGCCUCUAGGUCGGCCCCCUCAUGGUAAAUCUUCGUCAUCCUCUAGGUAGUGCUCUAAAAUCUUUGUCAGCCCCAUCCCUCGCCUAAAUCAAAAACUUCUGGCACAUUCCUCAACAAUACACUACGACAGAAGACUACAGUGGUUUACUGCUUUUGUGCCGCAAGCUGGAGGCUGAGAAUGCGGAUUUGCGCACUCAAAUUAGUUGCAGUUUGCAAGCAGCUGAGGCCUUCUGGAAAGAGCGUGACCAGCAAAUGCAAGAAAAACAGACUGAAAUGGAGGAGACAAAACGUGAGAGGGAAGAGGUAAUUAGACUCUUAUACAUAGACUCAUCUCACUGUUGAUUCAUCUGGACUAUAUUAGGGCGUCGCCCUUUUGUUAUUGUUUUUAUCUUCAUGCGCAUCUCAUGGUGCAUAAUCUCACUUGAUUGGACGUCGACCCAUCAGCCUCUAAACUUCAGGCACGUGCAAGCUUAAUGCUUCUUUCGAAAGAAGAGGAGAGUCUAGAAAUGCGCAACAAGCAAUUGAAACUGCGUCUCGCGCACCUAGAGCAGCAACUCAGAGCCGCUUGCUCCGCUGCUGCGCUGACGGAGUCACUCCACGACGAACUUACUUGUCUUGCACAAGAGAAAGACCAACUUUAUGUUGAGCGCGUCUAAAUUUGUAGACCACAAUCACAAAUUUGUGUCAUUGGAUCUCAACUACGUCUAAACCUGUGUCAUUGUAUCUCAACUACGUCUAAACCUGUGUCAUUGUAUCUCAACUAUCGAUCCAUCUUUAUCGAUGAUACAUCUUGCCUUCUUCAUGCCACCUCCGACGCGAAGGAAGACCUACUGCGGCAUCUGCUUGAAGUGACCAAAGAGUAUCGAGAGGUGGUAUCGACCGCUGACACUAGGGUUGCCGAUGUGCAACGUAGUCUGCUGCAGAGAAAUGAGGUAUUAACAAAUGUGUUUCAAAAAAUCAUGGUUGUUCUUGUUGUUCAAGUUAAAGAUUUGUGAAAUCAUUGCUUCCUUGUAGUUUCUAAAGAUUUCAACAUAGAGGCUCCAAAUCUCAACCUACAGGAAGUGCGCUUGUUAAUGCUUCGGAUUCAAGAGCUGUCGAGCAAGUACGUCCCCAUGCGCUCGGAUCCCACAGAUGUCAUAUUGGCGAGAUACAUCCACGCUUUUCGACCUGCUGUGCCGUUUACUUAUGCCUUUCAUGUUCUGCUACGAAUGAAAGAUGUCUUUACAACGAAUAAAGUCUAUGUCCUAAAUAAAGUCAAUGUUGUCCUAAAGGAUAAAUAUCUAAUAACAUGCUGUCCUGAAUUUUUGAGUCGAUGUAUUAUGUAAGUACCAUGUUGAUGUUGUCCUAUUAAAUAAUACUGAAGUCCAUGUAACAAGUAGUCAAAUGACUAAUAACAACUAAAUUAUAAAGUCAAUGUGAGUAGUCCAAUGCAGGUCCUCUUGUUCUUCUAAGUAGUCAAAUGCAGCUCCUUCUUCUAACAGGUGCGCCUAUUGUCCGGCGUGUACCAUUUUGGGACCAAGCAGGUGCAAAUCCGAGUCUCCAACGAUCGUCCGGUGUUUCGGAUUGGUGGUGGUUUUUUGAGUUUCGAGCGUUUUUUGGAGACGUAUUCUGCUGAGGAACUCGAUAAGAUUUUGGACAACUAUAAUCACGACCUCCUUGAGAAUCAUUAAAUAUAUGAUAUAAGAGUAUUUAGUAGUAGAUAAGUACCUGCCUGACGCUGACCUUUUUAUUUUUUCGGUUUUUGUUUUUUCUAGUUAGGUAUGCUCCACCAACAAUAUAAGACUAUGAGUACCUACAGUUGUGAAAAUGAAUGGCGAGCGCGUGGAAGCAGACGCUUCGAUUCCCUCCUAAAGAUGCAAGCAGAACUACGAUAAUGUGGUGAAGAUACUUCACCUUCAGUGAAUGCAAAAAUCAUGAUCAAUCAGUGGCAGUGUGCCGAACUCGAAUGAAUAUGAUGACUGCACCAUACUACAUUUCAGUACAACACAAAAAUGCAGUUAUAUUCGAAAAAGAAAUGCAAGCAUAAAAAACUAGAGGUACGUAUGAGUGACUUGCAGCACUUGAAGUUCAAGUGAGCAAAGUGAAUGAACGCACUAGUAUCUUCCAGGUGUGGCGUAGUAACGGUUGAAGGGAAGGAAACUACCUCUACCGGUUGUAUAGAAAUUUUAACCAACUAGCAGCUACCCCCGUCCUCUAGUAUAGAGAAGUUCAGCUUCCGUAUAAGUUAGUAAGUACUAUUUGUUUCAAUCAAAGAGCGGCCUGAAAGAUAAGUGUAAUGAUGUAGCUAGUCCUCAUGCAACCACUAGAAGGUAGUCGACAAGUGAUGCGAAUCUAUUUGUUUCUCUUUGGUUUAUCAUCAAAAAGCGGUGCUAAACGAGAACUCUGCUUUUGAAAAGAAAGGCUAUGUAAUGAAAAUGCACUUGGACCUUUUUCACGCAAAUGAUAACUUUUUCCUCUCAAACGGGAAGACCCC